GGGGGUGCGGCGCCCCCAUCCCCGGUGACCUUGGGCGCUCGCGGGAGCUGGGGGGCUGCGGCCCCGGCCCCGCGGGUGGCGUGGUGGUCGAUGGUGCGCCCUCGGCGUCGCAGAGGGUGCUGCUGAGGAUCGGCUUGGCGACAAACGUCGAGUGUUGCUGCUGCUGCUGCUGCUGCUGCUGCGGGUGGCUGGGCCGCUCUGGCGUGUCCAGCAAAAAAGCACGAGGCACGUCGAGGUGUGGAACAGGAUUCCAGUGUGGAGCGCGUGCCUUGUGCCGGAGACGACACUCGUGCCAAAAUGCGAAGACCUGUGUGACUUUUCUUCUGUUCGAAUUUUCUAGAAGAAAACGCUGUGCGCUCUGGAAAGGAUUGAAGAAGAGAGCUUGUGAUUUCAUGGAGUUUUGUUGAACUUGCAAAGGAAACAUUUGGAUAGUGGAUUAAUGAGAACACUGAAAUUCUUUGGAAAGUUUCAAAUUGGAGGAUAUUGAAUUUUCACCCUAGUCCAGCAGCUCUGCUGCUCACUUAAAUGCAGAUGAAUGAAGACCCCAUUCGGAAAGACACCUGGCCAGCGGUCCAGAGCUGAUGCAGGCCAUGCUGGAGUGUCUGCCAACAUGAUGAAGAAGCGGACGUCCCACAAAAAACACCGGAGCAGUGUGGGGCCCAGCAAACCUGUUUCCCAGCCCCGGCGGAACAUCGUAGGAUGCAGGAUUCAGCAUGGGUGGAAAGAGGGGAAUGGCCCUGUCACCCAGUGGAAAGGAACCGUCCUGGACCAGGUGCCUGUAAAUCCUUCUUUGUAUCUUAUAAAAUACGAUGGAUUUGACUGUGUUUAUGGACUAGAACUUAAUAAAGAUGAGAGAGUUUCUGCACUUGAAGUCCUCCCCGAUAGAGUUGCAACAUCUCGAAUCAGCGAUGCACACUUAGCAGACACAAUGAUUGGCAAAGCAGUGGAGCAUAUGUUUGAGACCGAGGACGGCUCUAAGGAUGAGUGGAGGGGGAUGGUCUUAGCACGGGCGCCUGUCAUGAACACGUGGUUUUACAUCACCUAUGAGAAAGACCCUGUGCUGUACAUGUACCAGCUCCUAGAUGAUUACAAAGAAGGCGACCUUCGCAUCAUGCCUGAUUCUAAUGAUUCACCUCCAGCAGAAAGGGAACCAGGAGAAGUUGUGGACAGCCUGGUAGGCAAACAAGUGGAAUAUGCCAAAGAAGAUGGCUCAAAAAGGACUGGCAUGGUCAUCCAUCAAGUAGAAGCCAAACCAUCUGUCUAUUUCAUCAAGUUUGAUGAUGAUUUCCAUAUUUAUGUCUACGAUUUGGUGAAAACAUCCUAGAUGUCAUCAUGAACUUUGCCAAAUUUGUGGAACUAUUAAAUGUAUAAUUUGUAGACAUAAAGACUUGAUUGCUUUCCGGUUUAAUGAAAGCUUAAAUGUCCCUGCGAACCCACAAUCUCUGCCAGCAGAACUGGUUUUGUUCUGGAUAGUACAGAUUGUUGUGAACACAAAGCAUUUUGUGUAAAGAGAACUCCUCCCUCUUAGAAGCAGUCUGUGUGGAGAGGAGUUACGGGCAAGUUUGGUAAAAGUUAAGCUAGCAUCAUAGUCAUUUAAACCCAUAAUUGAUCUCCGUCAUUUCCUCUUCACUAUAACACUCUCUCUGCUGCCACAAUGCAAGUAUAGUUUGGUAUUUUUGUUAUUGCCUUUUUUUGAGAUAUAUGUAUCUAUACCUACCUGUCUAUAUCUUAUAUCUGUGUGCAUACGUAUAUAAUAUAUAUACACACACAGAGAGAGAUACAAGUGUACACACACACCAUUGGCAGUCCUUUCUCUGUGGAUUGGGAUGGGGGUGACAUAAUUUUCUCCAGUUUAACAGGAGUGCUUAACCCAAGUCAGUCAUAUUUAUGAUAUUACUGUUCUUUAUUUAAAAUUAAAUUUGGGUACAGGAAGCACAUAAGAACAUUCAGCUUAUUUUGAAAGUCAGAAGUUCAGAGCACCUUUUCAAUCUGGAGACUUGAAAACAGUAAGUCCAAAGAGGAGCUAUAUGUGAACAGUUAAUGACCCACCUUAGAAUUUCACAAACUGGUGAGAAAUCUAGGUAAAAGGCUGCCCUUGAUUCUAAACUUUGUAAAUUUUUUGUUUACAUUUUAAUUCUAAAUGCUUUUAGGAAAACCCAGGUCCUUGGUUCAUACAGCAUUAUUACCAUAUAGGUGUGUUUUGGACAGCACAUUUGGUCCAUUAUUUGUACAAAUCAGGAAUUUGGAUUUUAGUUGGUAGAUUUGAAAGGCAACAUCCAUUGGUGGCUUGUGUGCACGUGGUAAGUUCAUGGGAGAACACAGUGCUUUUAUAUUAGAAAUGUAAGUUUUAAAAAUGGAGUUGCCUUCUAAUAAGUUCUCUGAGACUUUUUAAUUUUUGUCACUAUUAUUGCUCAUAUGAUUAUGGUCAGAGGCCUCUUUCCCUUUGCCCCUUACUCUUCCUCAUGAAGAAUGUUGGACAAAUAACAGCUUAAUCUUAACACUUAUUGCGGUGGUGUAGUUUUUGCUCCAGGUGUGCUAUUUCUGUGGAUCUGUUCCCUUUCUUGACCCCAAAGGAUUGCAGAGCAGGUAUGUUUCACCUUAGAAGGACCAUUCAUCACAUUUGCUGGGUAUGUGAAAGCAGCCCUUAACUAGAGUUCUUUUGUGGUUUGUCCCUACAAGGUCAUUUAAGUUGAAAUAGAACUGCAACUGUGGUUGGUUCACCAGUUGAAUGGCUGGUCACUUUGUUCUGGAGGAACCCUGGUGGUUUCACAGCCAGGAGAAGGGCCAAUUGUGAAACCAGUCUCAUUUGGAGAUUGUGAAUCUUGCUGCAAUUUGGGCAGAAUCUGAGGGUGCAUGCUGUCAGUCAAACCCAAGGUUUGAGUCAGUCUGCACGACCUCUGUUGUGGCCAUUCCUGUUAAGAGAUGGUGUGAUUUCAAGGCCUCGCUGUGCAUGGUUUCCUUGAUGCCUGUUUUAACCUUCCUGAAGGCUUCUGCCUGGUGCUGUUGGAUGGAAACCACUGCUCCCCUUCCUGUAGUCAGUGCCUCAGUCCCUGUCAGCAACCAAUCCCUGUACGCAGGGCUCCACCACAGGCAGCCAGGGCCAAACUUCUCAAAGCAGCGUGAUCCCCAAGUCAUAGAUGCUUCUUGUGUGUGAAUAGUGUCGUUCUACAGCUCUGCUUUGUGUUUUCCUGUGACUCUUAGGAGUCCUGUGUGUCAGUCUCCAAGCUGAGCCUGGCUCCUAGAGCCCACAUUGAUACGUGUCGCAUCAGAGUCACAAGUGUGAACAGCACGCAUGCAGGCGGGGUGCAGACCAGGCCAUGGUGACUUUGGGCUGGAAAAUGAAUUUUCACUGUGAAGCAUCCUGAGGGUUGGGUCAGUUGAAACAUUUCUAGCAUUACCUGAUGACUUGCAUUGUGGUUUUUCUGCAAGUAACUUUAGUGACUUUAAUACACCCAUGAUUUCCCAGUCUCCAGAAGAAUGCAAAGGACAGUGAGAACAUCGAUGAUGACGAUUAUGUUUAAAUCAUUGUUCUGUUGAUUGCCUUUAAGGCUGAGGGAAGGGGAAGGGUUUUUGUUAUUUUUCCAUUUCCCCCCAUUUUUUCCUUAUUUCGGUGGCUUGCCACCACACCUAAUGACGCUGUGACUGAUUCUGCUCCCAAGCCCGUGUAUCUUGGGCUUCGUUUUAGGCUCAUGUUUCGGAUCUGCAUGCAUUGCUUGCAUUUUUCUGGUAUCUGAAUGUUGGUUCCUUGUUCUAGGAAUUCAACAUUAAUUUCCAAAAUUAUCAUGGGACUUGUGACAACACAAGACAUGAAGCUAUGUAUAAAAUUUAUUGGCCUUUCUCAUUUACCUGCUCUAGUAUUAUUGUAUUGUGUGUGUGUGUGUGCGUGUGUGUGAUGUCAGGCUGCCAUGUAAAACUUCAGAGAAAAAUCUUGAAAGACCAUCCUUUUUUGCAUGCUCUAUUCUAAGUAGGAUGUUCAAUGUAACUAACUAAAAUUGCAUGGUGACGAUACUUAGGUUUUUUGUUUUCUUUCUUUUUGUUUUCUUUCAGUUUCCUGUAUAUUUGCUUACUGUGCUGUUGUAGUGGUCGUAGGAUAAAAAUGCACUGGUGAAGCAAGUGUCGUGCCAACCGAGGUGACUUUCCAGUUGUGUGUGUCAUGCAGCAUUUGAAGGGACUGUGCAUUCUUGAAAAUCACGGUUACUUCUCAACCAGAUUUCUUUUCUUUUCUUGUUUUAUGUGCCAAACCCCGAAGUGCAUUGGGAUUGAAUCUCUGAACACUAUAGACCCAUGAGAAGACUGUUCUGAUUGUCACAAAUUGUAGUGCCUGAAAACAUUCUUAAGCUGAUUGUCUUAAAAAAAAAAAGGCUCCAAAGACAAAACAGGAACAAUUAUAACAAAAUAAUUAUGGUCAAAACGUCUGUGGUUCCUUGGAAAUGCUGCGCUCUUUGUAUUUGCCACCAUUAGUGCAGUGGAAUGAAUGUGCAUAGGUCAGAGGUCUUCGUGUUCACAUUUUAAAAUUAGGUAAUGACCUCAUCUUUUGAGCUUGAAUUCAUUUUUUAAUUUUGAUUUUAUUUUAUACAAUGUGUAGACAGUCCCCUGUUCUCUGCAUUUAGAAGUAUACACAAUAUAAAUCUGUUAAUUCUGUAAGUAAUUUUUAUAAUUAUGAUGUAACUCUAUCCUAUCCUUAAAACAUUUAAAAAUAAACCCUUUAUGUGCAACUUC